GCCCGGCCCAAUUGAAAAAAGCCCAUUAAAGAAAACCAUACGUGGAACGUGGAAGCCCGACUCUCACACUUCGGCUACCAAACUCCAAAACCUUCAAUUUUUCUGGAAAGAAUCUUCAAAAGUUUCCCAAAUUAGUCGGUUCUUCCAGAUUUCAUCGGAAUCCGAUUGGGAUGUAUUUCAGGGAGAGAAUGUAAUUUUUGGGGUGAUAAAGAAAUUUGGAAGAAAACGAGGGACGUUCAUUUUGAAUUUUGAUAAAUAAUGGGUCAGGCAUUUCGUCGAGCAAGUGGUAGGAUCGGUAGCUCCAGAGCCGAUACGAAGUCGCAGCUCGCCAAACCCGUUGAACAGAGGCCUCCGCCGCCGCCGCCUCUUCCCGUUGACAAACUCCCCGCUGAUGACGUCACUCCUGCCUCCGAUGCAUCAUCAAGAGUAAACGUGGAAAAUGUCUCCGAGGAACGCGAUCCGCAAUACGAUGCUAUGCUUAGCCAAAUGGUGGGUAGAAUUCAAUCAAAGGCUGGAGGGAAACUCGAGAUGGGCGAGGCUUCGGUGGUGGAUAAGUACAGAAGGCCUUUACCGAAAGUAAGAAAUACAACACCAGAAUCUGGUGGAUACGAAGAGAGGCCUGCGCCCCCUGGAACUCUGAAUGUUUCACAAAUACGUCAAGUUAUUUUACUGCACCAAGGCAAGUCUGAUGAGCAUAAUGGUGCUAUGAGUGUUGCUCAAAUUGCACAAAGAUUCCGAUUAGAUGCUGCGCAGGUUGAGAAUAUCAUCCAGUUUGUAACUCUACCCCCCGAAGAUGCAAGUAAGAAGAAUAACAAUCAAGAAUGAUCGGUGCUCUUUUUUUUUUUUUUUUUUUAAGCUUCACUGAUGAAGUGUUUGUGUUGAGGAAUACAUUUUGUAGUGACAAGAAUACUUGGAAGUUGUACCUUGGAUCGUUUUCGGUGUUAGUUAGGAUACUUUGUUAUAGAAUUCUGUAAUGGUUCUUUCUGUUUUUUCGGUUCCCGUGUAAUUCAUUUUUUUAUCCGUUAUUGUUAUCGAAAAGUCUAAUUAAUUAC